AUGCUUUUGUGUUCCAAGAGUGUUUUUCGACAUUCAAACGAAGAAACGUCCGAUAGCGUUGCUAAGAAGAAUGCACUGCGAGACCUCAUACGCCAGGCACUCAGGACUGAUGAGGUAGUGAGUAGAACAGCUGUAUGGGCUCGCCUAUCAUCAGCAGUAUCGCGGUUACCUCUAAUUAUCGACGAGCUUGAGGAAAUCCUCGAAUCGUAUCAAUCGGUUCCCUGGGAAUCCGAGUUGCCGUGGCCGGAGUUGCUAACGGAGCGUGUGACGACCCUCUCCGCGACACUCAGCACACUCGCGGUCCUUGGUUGUAAGAUAAUAUCCAAGACUACCUUCUUUUCUCGUAUUCAGUGA